GGCUCUACGCGCUAUCUCCAAUCAUACACGGAACAUGCCGGUCUCUCCGGCUUUCACAACAAUUAGUUGUUGAUCCUUCUAAACUUCAAGAUAAUUAUAUAGAACAUCUACACGGAAUCUCGAUUUCAGUGCUGCGCGGGCCUUCGAAUGAGCAUACUCGUACGUCGCAGCACAAAUGCUCGCCGAGGCUUUGGAAUACCCCGGGAGCUAUGCAGAUUCCGUAGAGGCCUACUCACCCUAGCUAUAGAGUCUUCAUGUGACGACUCCUCUGUAGCAAUUCUUGAAAAAUGCAGCAAGUCUAGGACCAAACUUGGCUCAUCGAACGACAGCCGAAAAGCUAUUUUACAUUUUCACGAAAAAGUCACCGCCGACAACAGUGCAUACCGCGGAAUACAUCCAAUCGCUGCGUUGGACUCACACCAGGAAAACGUUGCUAAGCUUGUCCAAAAGGCGUUAUCCAGCUUGCCUUUCUCUGGGGCGAAUCAAGACGAUGGUCUCGACCGUACAGGAUCAGCAGGUGAAAGGCGCAAACCUGACUUCGUUACUGUCACCAGAGGUCCAGGUAUGAGGUCGAGCCUUUCCGUUGGUCUUGAUACGGCAAAAGGGUUAGCUGUAGCUUGGCAAAUACCACUUGUUGCAGUCAAUCAUAUGCAAGCUCACGCGUUGACCCCGAGACUCGUAUCGGCUCUGAGCCGAAACCAAGACGAAGUCGACAACCCAAAAUUUCCCUUCUUGUCGUUGCUGGUAUCCGGUGGGCACACGCUGCUUCUGCUUUCUGCCUCAUUAACAGAUCACCAAAUCCUCGCCUCUACCUCUGACAUAGCAAUUGGUGACUGUAUAGACAAGGUCGCUCGCUCAGUCCUUCCGGAGGCUGUCUUGAAGGAAUCCGGUGAUAGCAUGUAUGGGCGUGUCCUCGAGCACUUUGCGUUUCCUGGAGGUAUCAAUGAACAUGAGUACACUGCGCCCGCUUCUCGCGAGAAGGAACUUGCAAGGAACCCAACAAAAUGGGGCUGGUCAUUUGGGCCGCCGCUGGCAGAGACGAAAUCAGGAUCAAGAUCAAAAGCGAUGGAGUACAGCUUCUCUGGCCUUGCUAGUGCAGCAGAGAGGUUCGUAGCUAAUUCGGCUCACGAUAUGAGUAUUGAAGAACGGGUCGACCUUGGCCGUGAGGCAAUGCGUGUCGCCUUUGAGCAUCUUGCUUCAAGGGUCGUCAUGGCAUUGCACCAUUUACGUCAAGGCGAUCGCUCCACUGCCCAAGCUUUAGAUACAUUGGUAGUCAGUGGCGGUGUUGCGUCAAACCAAUAUCUGAAAACAAUUCUACGGGCUUUCUUGGAUAUUCGAGACUAUUCUCAUAUAGGUUUAUCAUUCCCGCCGCCAUCACUGUGUACAGACAAUGCUGCUAUGAUUGCUUGGACCGGAAUGGAAAUGUUUGAAAACGGGUGGGAAAGCGACUUAAGUUGCAGGCCUUUAAGAAAAUGGUCAAUGGAUCCCGCGGCCGACGACGGCGGAAUUCUUGGCAUCUCAGGAUGGAAACAAAGAGGUGCCUAGAGGCUCGACGGAAAUCCAGUUCCGACUGUGCAUGAAUAGUGCAUGAAAAUCAAAAAAAAAAGGAAGAAGAGAAAUCUCAGCGCGCAGCAAACCGGUCAUCCCUCGUUCGGAUAUAGUACAAGAUUGGAGUUUCCUGAAGACUUCAGCGUGACGUCGUUAAUCGUACUGAACUCGCUUAUGAGGUUUGAAGAAGUGAUGCUAUGCUUUGGCCGGGCAUGGUUCGCCGUG